CGUCCUUCUCACCAUCGCAUCCCCAGCAUCUGUCCAGUGCUUGGCCAUCGCUGAUGCUCAGUAACUAUGUGUUGAAUGGAUAGAUGAAUGAACCAACUCUAUGAGCAGGCUCUCUGAGGACUGCUUAGCUGGCCACCAAGUCCUGGGGCUCUGGGGCUCUCCUCCCCAGAGCUGCCCCCAGAACCAUGGAGAGUCUGAGCGAGCUACAGAACCCACUGCUGCCUCAGAACCCCGCACACCUCCAUGGCCCCUACCCCUACCCCGAGGCUUCUCCCCCCUGGCCAUGCCGGGAGAAGAUCUACUCCUACCUCCUGGGUGGUGCUGGGCCUGCUCACGCCCACCAGCUCCUGGACCCAGGAUCCCUGCAGCUGGCCGUGGAGGCCUGGUACAGGCCCAACUGCCUCCUGGGGAGGGACAAGCUCAAGGAGCCCAGGGCAGACAGCUGCGAAACCAGCUUCACAGAGAGCAGGGAGCCCUCCGCUGGGCCUACGGAGCGGUCCACAGAACCUGGCCAAGCGGAAGAGGAUGUCGCCAUCCAGACUGUGUCCUACGGGGUUCAAGAGGAGCUCCAAGGCCAAGAGGACGACCAGGAGGAGGAGGAGGAGGAGAGUGAUGCAACCUCGACAGAGAGUGAAAGCGAAGACAACUUCCUUACGCUGCCUCCCAGGGACCACCUGGGUCUCACUAUCUUCUCCAUGCUCUGCUGCUUCUGGCCACUGGGCAUAGCUGCCUUCUACUUCUCCCAGGGGACCAGCAAGGCCAUCUCCAAGGGGGACUUCCGCCUGGCCAGCACCACCUCCCGCCGGGCCCUAUUCCUGGCCACACUCUCCAUCGCCAUCGGGGCUGGUCUCUAUGUGGCCGUGGUGGUAGCCCUGGCAGCUUACAUGUCCCAGAAUGGCCACAGCUAG